AUGAAGCUCUCAACAUUAUCAGCACUAGCGCUUUCUGCUGCCGUCGUUUCUGCCCGCUUUGUGGAACCACAGGAGAAGGAUCAAGUCGUUAUCAACGCAAGCGGCAACUCGGAAGAGCUGUACCUAAUCGAACUUGCUCCUGGUGAGACAAAAUGGGUGACUGAGGAGGAGAAGUGGGAGUUGCGAAGAGUAUGUCGUCUUCUAUAGACUUUCUUUGUAUGGUAUGAUGUAGGAAGACAUACUAACAAAUAAUCCUCACAGAAUGGCAAACAGUUCAUGGAUAUCACCGAAACACAGGAUCUCGGUUCAUAUAAGAUCUCCUCUUCCAGGAAAGCCCCAUCAUUCCCAAAGAAGCCCGUCUUGCAAGAUAAACUAUCUCCUGUGAUGAAGAAUCUCACCAAAGCAAACAUGGAGAAGAACCUCGAACACUUCACCUCCUUCCACACUCGAUACUACAAGUCGGAUUAUGGGAGACAAUCAUCGGAGUGGCUGUUGAAGCAGGUCCAAGAUAUAGUAAAGAACUCUGGUGCCGAAGAGCAUGGUGCAUUUGUGAAGCAUUUCCCACAUCCUUGGGGGCAGAACAGCGUUAUCGCUACAAUUCCUGGAAAGAAGAACUCGACUGUGGUGAUAGGCGCCCAUCAGGAUAGCAUUAACCUCUUCCUGCCAUCCAUUUUCUCCGCUCCAGGCGCGGACGAUGAUGGAUCAGGAACCGUUACAAUUUUAGAAGCUCUGCGAGUUCUGCUCACUUCCAAGGAUGUGGUUGAGGGUAAUGCGGAAAACACCAUCGAGUUCCAUUGGUAUUCUGCUGAGGAGGGUGGACUUCUUGGUAGUCAAGCAAUCUUUACAGAAUACGAGAAGACUGGACGAGAUAUUAAAGCCAUGUUACAGCAAGAUAUGACUGGAUAUGUACAGGGUACCUUGGAUGCCGGGUUGGAGGAGUCAGUGGGAGUCAUCACUGACUUUGUCGACCCUGCCCUUACAACCUUUAUCAAGACCGUUGUCACAGAGGUAACUCAUUCCAUCAUAUUUUCCCACGAAUCAAACUGACCUUGUUGCCUACAGUACUGCUCGAUCCCUUAUACCGAAACCAAAUGCGGAUAUGCAUGCUCUGAUCAUGCUUCAGCAUCCAAAGCUGGUUAUCCAUCUGCUUUCGUGAUCGAGUCUGCAUUCUCCAACUCGGAUAAGAAGAUUCACACCUCGGAUGAUUUGAUCAAGUACUUGAGUUUUGAUCAUAUGCUUCAGCAUGCUAGACUCACCUUGGGUUUGGUGUAUGAGUUGGCGUUUGCAGAGCUAUGA